CAAACUGAGGCUAAGAAUAGCCGAAAAAAUCUGACACCCUGGUGAAAAAUCUGAUCCAUCUUCACUUAAACUGAAGAUUUGAACAUGAUUUAAUAACUUCAUAUCACAGAGGAGAUAUUAUUUAUUUAUUGUGUGGGUCGAUUUGUUGUGUUGCACUUCGAUUGAGGAAGAUUACGAACUUUUUUCACGAAGUAUUCAGUUCCGGUUUGUUUCUCCAUUUUGCAGACUUUACGAUUGCACGUCACCUAGGAAAAUUUUGCCGAUCUUCGUAAAAAUGCCACGGGGAGCUACACCAGGAAACAGGAAAAUAUGUACAGCUAUUAUAAAACGUGAGCCUGGAACAGAACUGCAAUCGUCACCUCAAAUAUACAAUUUGACCAGCAUUUAUCGUCAACCCCUCAGUGAUACAAAGGACUCCAUUGCGAACUUGCAGGGCUUCAAACUCGAGGGAGGUUUAACACCAGGAGAAACAUGUUUAAGUCCGAUCGCAGAUAUUAAACAUAUUAUAAACAGACCACAGGCAAAGCGGAAACUUGAAUUGGAACCAGAAAUUAUAAACGAAGGUUUCAAAACACCAGGGAAGACAUGCAAGCGAAGACGAACAUCAGAAGCAAGUCCAAAAACUCCUCGAUCUCCUCUCGAGAAGACAAGAUAUGACACAUCGCUUGGUCUGUUAACAAAGAAAUUUGUAGGCCUUCUAAAGAAUGCACGGGAAGGGGUAUUAGAUCUAAACAAAGCGGCAGAACAUCUGGAGGUACAGAAACGUCGGAUAUACGACAUCACAAAUGUGUUGGAGGGAAUCAACCUCAUCUCAAAGAAAUCCAAAAACAACAUACAAUGGAAAGGAUGUACCAACUCUAUAGCAGCCAAUCCAGACUGUCCAGCACUUUCCACAGAAAUUGUAGAUCUACAUUCAGAUGUAGCAGACUUGGAGGCGAAGGAAAACAUGCUGGACGAUCUCAUAGUGAGCUGUACAAAGCAACUCAAAAGCAUGACAGAGGAGGCAGAUAACAAAAAAUUAGCUUAUGUAACUUAUCAGGACAUUCGCAACAUAGACACGCUAGAUGAACAAACGGUGAUCGCAAUAAAAGCUCCGCCAGAGACGAGACUGGAAGUGCCCGACCCAGACCAAAACAUCCAAAUCUGGUUGAAGAGUUCCAAAGGUCCUAUUGAAGUAUAUCUAUGUCCUGAGGAUACAGUGGAGAGUGUGGCGGACACAAGCUCGUCGAGUAUAGGUAGUGCAAGCUCCAGUUGUGGGGAGGAGUCCAGUCGGUCAAGCUUUACAACGUCCGAAGACUCUGCCUCGUGUGAUAGUUUUAAAGGUAAUCAAGGUUCAGGUGUCAAGAAUGCGUUACUGGAAUAUCAAGACAUUUCUCCUGAUUCGGUCAAAAAUCUUUUACAACAAACUGAGGACCAAGAAAUAGACGCUCCGUUCAUGGCUCUGGAACCUCCUCUAGACAUGGACGAAUACAUUUUUAGUCUCAAUGGAGGAGAGGGCAUCUCAGAUCUGUUUGACGCCUAUGACUUUGACAUACCUGUAGUGUGAUUUAUUUUUGUUGUCGUUAAUGUUGUGCGGAAGGUUUUAGUCUCAAUUCAGGGUUUUCUAUGCCCUUCUUAAUUAGGUCCACUUUAAAUUGUUUCAUAUUUCCUACAACUGCUAGAGCAAGAUUAUAGUACUUGUUCCAAGUAUUGCCAUUUCCUAAUGUUCUCCUCAAACAAUCUGACUGCAGAAAAUAGUUUGAAAUUUAAUUUCUCGGAAAAUUUGAAGAGCUUUAAACAGUAUUUCCGUCACAACUUAGAAUAUUUGUUUGUAGAACCAAAAUUUUAAGCUAAAAAAGUGCACAAAUAAUAAUUCGUUGCUUUCAUCAGAAUAUGCAGAAGGAAAUAAACAAAGCAAUAUAAAUAUUUGUAAAUCAUACCAUUUAUAGAUGCUAACUUCAUUAUUGAAUUAAAAUUUCUUUUUGCCUAAAAUAGGUUUUUGAAUAUUUCGAAUAGGUUAAGUAAGGUAAAUGAUUUCUCUAUUUUCAGUAGAAACAGUAAAAUUGAGAUGAGGUAAAGAAGCAGUAAAGUGGGACUAUUUCUGAUUGGCAGGUUGAUACAUGUAUCCGUUACCCUUACAUGUAGAAACCUGUGUAGUUUUGAUUUUUGUUUGCAAUGUCUUGUACUGUAGUACAGUAGACUGCACUUGUCAUUGACCAGUAAUUAAUACUUGGGGACCAAUUAAUCUACAUCAUACUGCAGGUUUAGAAAAAUACUGUGGCGAGAAAUCUGCCAGAUUUUACAUUUGAAGUGAAUGUAAUUAUAGUGUGCGAAUGAGUGAAUGUCGGACUGUUCCUGAAACAGGUCCAUCUCUGUUGAUUGUCCUGAAUGCUUUUGUUUUAUUUUUGUUUAUGCUGGACAGACUUUAAGUUAUAUGCUUUACAUUUGCCUUCAAUGCUGUUUCUUUUUAAAGCUGGUUCUAUUGUGGAUAAUUUUAGUGCUGAAUCGUGAAGUCCAGCAAUGCAUGUUUUUAUAGGGAAUCUUGUACGUGCAUGUAGAGUUUUUAAAACAAAAAGUCAUUGACUGAACAUAAAUGGGGGGGGGGGGUAUUGAUUGGAAUUUAUUAUUCUAUACUGACAUUAAGAAGGAAUGGCUAAUUUGGUCAGGAAAUACCUUUGCUAGAGUCGAGUAUAAAAAUACUUAAAAACGUUAAGAAAGACAGCAAGAUAAUAAUGUUGGAUAUUACAGGAUGUUGUAAUUAAGAUGUCGACAAAGUUUCUGUUAAUCGCAAAGUAAUUGUGAGCAAUUAGGCAGAGGUUCAAACAUAAGGUAGCAAUAUCUUCGUUAAAACUUUCUAAUCUAAUUAUUUCUAUUAAAUAGUCACGAAAUGGAAAUUACAAUAGAAAAGAAGGGGUGGAGAUUUAGGUUUUUCAUAUAUCAUUACAUUUUCAUGAAAUAUUAACCUGCAUAAUACAUACAUAUAUGUGGGUAUUUGAAUAUUGUAAUUAUUUGUUUGUUAAACUAAUGAUUUUCUUACUUUGAUAUGAUUUGGAGGGCAAAUUAACAUAUUAAUUGUUAACUUAUAUACAGGUUUGUUUUUUAUAAUCCUGACUUGUACUGUUUUAUUUAUUGAUAAUACGAUUAUUCAUUAGAGAUAUAUAAUAGACACACAGAUUGAUAAUGGCAGGCACAAUAUAAGAUGUAUCGAUAUCUUUCAUGAACGUUGGCUGGAGGCUUACACGAUGAAAACAUUGUAAGCAAGUCUGAAGAGAUGUUGGUUUUAAUGUUGCAGUCAUUUAUGAAAACAAUAUUUGAUUGAGGUGGUGUAUUGGGUAAGAAAACAGCCCUUGUAGGAUUGUUGGACUUUAGGGUUGUGAUGGGAAAGUAAAUGGGUUUGAUAUGCAUGCAGACCUUUUUUGUGGUGUGGAUUAUUAUGUGUGGUUUGAUGUCCCAGUGUAUUGUUGUUCGUCCCGAGCAUACAGUACCGUACACCAGACGUGUCCAGACAGUCCACUACAACGAAAGCCAACUUCAGCAGGUCGUAAUUUUCCUCAUCAUUAAUACAUUUCUGUGUGAUGCUUUGAAGAACCUGUUGCUGAACAGGUGAAAAUCCAAAAACUGGUUUACAUGAAAUAUCCUUGUAAAGAAGAAAAGAACUGCCAAGAUGUUGUUGCACCUUUUAAGAGGCCAGACUGUCUAGACAUCGUACUUGUAUUUUGGGACACAUUAUUAUUAUUUCUUUUUUUAACCCUUUGUUUUUUGUUGCUUGAGAGUCCAUAUUUGUUAAAUGUUGUGUAUAAUUUAUGAUCCCUAUUAGCAAAACCUCAGAAUUAUGUUGUAUUAAUUAAUAAAUCUGUCGGCCUGUGUGAUUAAUUCAGGUUUUAUCCAGUUGUUGGAAGUGUCACCAGGCCAGUGACCGUCUCAAAAAAAAUGGGAAUAUCGGGAGAGACAAAAUCCGUAAUUUGAAUGCAAGUAUUACCCUUUCCAUCAAGGUUGAUUGACUUGAAAGGAAAAUAGUUCAUCUCAGAAUGUUGUGGACGCAUUCAAAUUUUCUUGCAAGCUUAUUUUAAAAUUGGGUUUUUAGCUGGCAAAUGUUAUAUUUGAUUCCAGAAAUAUUUGUGGACAUACCAGGUGCUUUUAUCCCAUAUAGUAGUUUGGUAGUACAUGUGAACUUACAAGUUGUACUUGUUUACAAUACUCAAGUUCAUCAAACCCAGCAACAUAUAGAUAUAUCCUAUUUUUUUGUGUCCGGUCUUUUGCCUCAAUUUUAUAUGGAAUAUGAGUUAAAAAUCUGAUGACACUUUUAAUAACUGGAUCCACUUCUUCUACUAUGCACCAAACUGUCAGUUUGAUUGGGACGUUAAUUAACUACGUUAAUUUGUUGUUAAUUAGGAGUGUAGUAUGAGAUUGGAUUUUAAUUGUAAUUUAUUGGUUUCUUAACCUGAACUAGUGCAAUGCAAAAAAAAACCUAAUCUAUAAAAUUACAAAGAAUAUAUAUAUUUAUUUACACAAAUUAACAGGAUUUUUAUGGAUUGGGUCAAGUAUGGUUAUACAACCUGUUGCAUUUCACAACAGGCAUUGAUGUUUGAUGAAUUUAAUAUGAAGUUCUGAUUGAUGAUGCAUCCCUAACUUCAAAGUGUAAAAAAACCCAGAGAAGAUGAACCAUUUUAUUUUGAUGAUUUUCAAAAGUACAUCUUUGAACUGUCAUUUUCAAAACAAAUAGUAGAGAGAUAAAGUCGGAUGAUUUAAAAGAUUUAGAAGCUAUUCCUUUCUGAGUAGACAUCCAUUUGAAAUAAAGGGGUGACGAUAAAGAUUGUAAUUCCUUUUUGAUCGGUAAAAAAAUGUCAUCUUGAUUGAAGGUACUGGAAUAAUGAUCUUUAAAGGUAAAUAUAGACGGUCCAAAUAUUGAAGAAAUUGAUCAAAAUUCAUUAAAAAUAUCAGAAAAAGUAAAGAGUGUGUUUGAGAUUUUAUU